AUGAGAGAAAGUAGAGAGAAUAACUACGUGACUUCGAAAUCUCACAGCUUUGUAGAUUGUGUUGUGGUUUUGAAAAACUGGGAGGAAAUGCAGACGAGGAAUAUGGAGAGGAAGAAUUCGAUUAGGGAGAGAGGGAAGCGGGGUUUGGAGGGUGGUGAAGACGAGCAGCAGCAACCGGAGCGGAAGCGUCCGGCUUUAGCUAGUGUUAUUGUGGAAGCUUUGAAGGUGGAUAGCCUCCAAAAACUUUGCUCAUCCUUGGAACCUAUUCUUCGCAGAGUUGUUAGUGAAGAAGUGGAGCGAGCUUUAGCAAAGCUAGGCCCUGCUCGACUAAGUAAUGGAAGACCUUCUUCCCCAAAGCGUUUAGAAGGACCAGAUGGUAGAAACCUACAACUUCACUUCAAGUCAAGAAUGUCUUUACCCCUCUUCACUGGAGGCAAAGUUGAAGGGGAACAGGGUGCUGCAAUUCACAUAGUCUUAAUCGAUGCCAACACCGGACAUGUUGUGACAUCAGGGGCAGAAUCGUCAAUUAAACUAGACGUUGUUGUUCUAGAAGGCGAUUUCAACAAUGAAGAUGAUGAAGGUUGGACUCAAGAAGAGUUUGAUAGCCAUGUUGUGAAAGAACGUGAAGGAAAAAGACCAUUGUUGACUGGAGAUUUGCAGGUGGUGCUUAAAGAAGGUGUUGGAACUUUAGGGGAGUUGACUUUUACGGAUAAUUCAAGUUGGAUUAGAAGCAGGAAAUUUAGACUUGGUUUGAAGGUGGCUUCUGGUUUUUGUGAAGGGAUUCGUGUACGUGAAGCAAAGACUGAAGCUUUUACUGUUAAAGACCAUAGAGGCGAAUUGUACAAGAAACACUAUCCACCUGCAUUAAAUGAUGAGGUAUGGAGAUUAGAGAAAAUUGGGAAAGAUGGAUCAUUCCACAAGAGGUUAAAUAAUGCAGGGAUCUUUACAGUUGAAGAUUUCCUUCGCCUUGUUGUUAGAGAUGCCCAAAAACUACGCAAUAUUCUUGGAAGUGGGAUGUCAAAUAAGAUGUGGGAGGCUCUUGUUGAGCAUUCAAAAACAUGCGUGUUGAGUGGGAAGCUUUAUGUAUAUUAUCAUGAUGAUUCAAGAAACGUUGGUGUUGUUUUCAACAAUAUUUAUGAGCUGAGUGGCCUUAUUGCUAAUGACCAAUUUCAACAAGUUGAUUCUCUUUCAGAUAGCCAAAAGGUGUAUGUGGAUACAUUGGUUAAGAAAGCGUACGAUAAUUGGAGCCAAGUUGUGGAGUAUGAUGGGAAGUCACUUGUGAGCUUUAAGCAGUCAAAAAGGUCAAAUGUAUCAAGGAAUGAAUAUUCAUUGGGGUCCAUAGAGUAUCCAAGAUCUUCAAAUAAUCAGCUAAUGCCUCCACGUGUCCCUCUCAUGGGUUCCUCAGAUUCAACCUCAGUUGAUUCUAAUCUUCUUUUAGGAGGUUAUAAUGAAAAUCUUGACACGGUGUACCAAACCCAACAACAACAACAACUCCCACACAAUCAAUACGACAUGAAUUUCACUACAAACAAUCGCCACAUCAGCAACCCUAACCCUCUGCAAACCAACGGGUACGAUAGCCGGUCAGCCGGGCUAGCCCUGGGCCCACCACAACCCUCCUCAUCUUUCCCGGCCAUGAACCCCUUUGAUGACUGGUCCCACAACCGGAUUGGCGGCGGAAGUGGCGGUCAUGGUGGAGGUGACUUUAUGUCGGAGGAGGAGAUACGGAUGAGAAGUCAUGAAAUGCUUGAAAAUGAAGACAUGCAGCACCUUCUUCAGCUGUUCAGCAUGGGUGGCGGCGGCGGUGGUGGUGGUGGGAAUGUGGCGGAAGAUGGGUUUUCUUUUCCGGCGUAUCUCCCAUCUCCGGCGCCGAAUUUCUUUGAUGAGGAUCGGAGCCGCCCUGGGAAGGCGGUGGUUGGGUGGUUGAAGAUUAAGGCGGCGAUGAGGUGGGGGUUUUUCGUGAGGAAGAAGGCGGCGGAAAGACGGCGGGCACAGAUUGUAGAGUUAGAUGAUGAUGAAUGAAAAGGUUGGAUGGAUGGAUGGAUGGAAUGAAUUUUAGGGUUUUAUUGUACAGUGAGUAAGUUCAAUUUAACAAACUUCUUUCUUGAAGAUAUGAAGUUGGAUGGAUACAUAUUAUAUAUAUUGGUUGUGUUUUUGUUUUAUUGUAUAAUUAAAAUUUGGUUUGUGAGAAAAAUUUAUGGUAUUGAAAAAAACCAGGGAGAAAGUGUUUUAAUGUAAUGAUAACCCUGCUGAACUUGUAAGUAGAAUGAUGUGUUUUUACUUUUUAUGAGCUUCAUUCCUUCAUAUUGUGCCCUCGUUGGAUACAAAAUACCACC